AUGUCUCUCAGCGAGCACGUUUCGCAAGAUGCAAUUUUCAUCGGCGCCAAUAGACAGCCGCAGGUGAGUGACUGUGUCCCAAACCUCGUUGCUUUUGGAGCGAAAAAUAACGUGGCCUUAUGGAAUCCUGUGGCUUCUGACAGGAAAGGCGUCUAUCAUACUUUGAAGCACGGCGACGGCGACGUGACGUGUGUCAAAUUUGUUCCUAAUUCAGACUUCUUGUUGUCAGCUGGUGAGGAUGGAAGAUUGAACCUUUUUGCAAAGGUGAACGAUUCGCCUACAUUGUUCUGCGUUCAAGAUUCCGUGGUGCUUGAAAAGGCUUCCAUCGUGUGCAUGGCUGUGGUGGAUAAUGUAACUUUUGUCACUGGAAAUACGCUUGGCGAUGUUGUCAUUUGGCAAAUCUCCGGCGCCCAACUUGAGGCGAAACAUACAUUCAGAGUCAAGUUCAAUUUCUAUCCUACCUCUUUGGCUUUGGAAAAAAUUGGCCAGCGGUACUUGUUGGUUGUGGGUGGAACAUCCUGUGAUUUGCAUGUUUACUCGUUUGAUCCUGAAGUCUCUGGUUUGGAAUCCUGUGCCGUUUUGACUGGCCACGAAGAUUGGACUAAAUGUUUGGCCUUUGUUACCGAAAAGGAAGGUUCCAGCUACAUUUUAGCAAGCGGCUCUCAAGACAGAUACAUCCGUUUGUGGCGUUUACGUUUGAACGAAGCCAUCGACGACUCGGACGAAGAUGACCUGAAGCUUAUUUUGUUGUCCAAUAAGCAAUACAAGUUUCCGUUUGGCGAUGGAAGAGCAGCUUUCAGUUUUGAUGCUUUGAUUAUGGGCCAUGAUGAUUGGGUGACAGGAUUGCUGUGGCAUCCUUCCUAUUCUCGGUUUUCCAACGGUAACGAGAAGAAAUUGCAGUUGUUAUCUCUGAGUGCCGAUACAGCUUUGAUGAUUUGGGAAAUGGAUGAGGAGUCAGGAAUUUGGGUAUGCGGAAGCCGAUUGGGCGAGCUUUCCAUUAAAGGUGCAUCUACGGCAACAGGUGCUUCUGGAGGUUUCUGGUCAUGUCUUUGGUUUGAAGACGCAGAAGACGGAAGCCAUCAUAUUUUGGCCAACGGUAAAACAGGUGCUCUCAGGCAAUACCAAAGUAAAGAUUCAGAGCAUAAAUCAUGGGAAUCUAUUUUGGGUGUCACAGGCGCUAUCUCUGAAAUCACAGAUGUCGUGUGGUCAGUUGAUGGCUCAUUUUUCUACGUGACCUCUCUCGACCAAACCACUCGUCUAUAUGGACCAUGGGCUUUAAACAGACCAGAAACUUCGCAUAAGCUGCUCACAUGGCACGAGUUUUCAAGAGCACAGAUCCAUGGCUACGACAUGAUUUGUCUUGACAAUCUCUCUGCGACGAAAUUUGUUUCUGGUGGUGACGAGAAAAUCUUACGUGUGUUUGAGAUGACACAGUCCAUCAAUAAUGUUUUGCACAAGUUUUGCGGGGUCAACUCGUCCUUAGAAGCAGGCGAGACUUUGCCAGAAGCUGCAUCCUUGCCUGUUCUAGGGUUAUCCAAUAAAGCGGCCAAUGAACAAUUAGAAGCAGGUGAAGCAGCACAGCGUGAGGAGGACUACGCAAGAGACAAAAAAGAAACUGAAGUCAAAGAUGAUGUCUUGGCCGUUUUGUCUGGCCCACCAUUAGAAGACCACUUGCAAAGACACACAUUGUUCCCAGAAAUUGAAAAGUUGUAUGGCCAUGGUUAUGAAAUCACAUGCUGUGCAACAUCUCCAGAUGGAAAACUUAUAGCAUCUGCAUGUCGGUCUAAUUCAGCAAAGCACGCCGUGGUGAGAAUCUUCAAUGCCCAAAAGGAUUAUCAACUCGUGGACGAGGUUUUGAAGGGUCAUAAUUUGACAAUCACCAGUUUAGAGUUCUCCCCCGAUGGGCGGUAUCUUGUCGUGGUAUCUCGUGAUAGACAAAUGUCCUUGUGGAAAGUGAAAAAUGAGCUGGAAGGAACUUUUGACUUAGUGGAUAUCAACCCCAAAGCGCACACGAGAAUCAUUUGGGACUGCUCGUGGGCACCACAAGAAAACGGAAUGUGCUACUUUGUAACCUGUUCGCGUGACAAGUCGAUAAAGCUUUGGGAAGUGAAAGAUUCCGCAGUUGCGUGUGUUGCUACGACAAAGACCGAGGAUGCUGUCACUUCUGUGGCUUGUUUCCAACAGGGUCUUAUAAACAAAAAUUACGUCAUUGCCGUAGGUCAUGAAAAUGGCCAGGUGUCGUUAUUUGCGGUGCAAACCGACGCGGAAGAAAAGGCUUUCCGCCAGAUUAUUGCGUUUGAUGAUCAAAUCUUGCCAGCUGGAAGGGUUAGCAAGGUGGCAUUCAGCAAGAAAUGUAUUGAUGGCAAGAUGCAAUUGGCAGUGGGUAGCCAUGAUACUUCUGUAAGGUUGUUCAGCAUCAACCGGGAUAUUGUAUAA